UCCUCCCAAACUCCUCAACCACCACCACCACCACCACUUCCAUUUUCUGUGGUUCCCCCUUUUUCUUCAUUUUACCACUAAACUUCUUUAAGGGUUUUCUGGUCAAAUUGGGUCGUUCUCUGUUUUGUUUUUCAUCGAUUUGGGGGACUUUUCAUUUAGUAUCUGCCCUUUUUUUGCUUCAUUUUGUGCAAGGAUUUCACAGACCACAAUGUUUUAUCUUCUCAUCUCCUUCCUUUCAUUCAUCCUUCUCUCCAAAUCCUUCUCUUACAAACGGCUCCCGCCAUGGGAGGCCAAGAUGAGUUUAUUUUCACCAUUCCUUUUAACAUGGUUCCACAAGGGCAGCCUUUCUCUGAGUUUCUUUCAACUGUUCACCCUCUCCGAUCCGCCAUUAAAGAGCACGAAGCUAGAGAGUUCAGAUGAGAAAAAAGGGACAUCCCUCUUGGAUCUACCCAACUUGGCUCUUGAGUCCAUUCUCGACCGGCUUUCACCAUCUGAUUUGUGUAAGAUGGCAAAUGUGUGUACCCAUUUGAGGAAUGCUUGUGAAGAUGAGUAUCUGUGGGAGAAGCGGAUGAACCAGAAAUGGGGUAACUUAAUAGGUAAUUCUGCUUGUAAACAAUGGCAUAUGCAUAUAGCCCACAAGAGGAGAUCAAAGCUCUCAACCCCAUCUCAGAACAGAGGUCUGUUGAGUUCAUGCUUUGGUGGUUUGUCUAAGUUCAUGAGACCAAAAUCAGAAAGUAAGGGCAAGAUCAAGCGUUCUUUACCAAUUGAUUCAAAGAAGGCUUGGUAUCAAUCUCUUGAAAGUGGCAAGCUUUGGUUCCCAGCACAAGUCUUCAACAGAGAGAGUGGUCAUGCUGGGUUCAUGUUGUCAUGUUAUGAUGCCCAAAUUUCAUAUGAUUCGCAGACCGACAUGUUUAAGGCAAGAUAUCCACCUCAUGGGCGACGAGCAAUAGAGGAGAAUAUUGCAUGGAACAGGGUAAGAGCACCCCCUGUUGAUACUCCUCCCCAUGUUCUUCAUGUGUCUGAUUGCUUAGCUGACUUGAAACCUGGUGAUCAUGUGGAGAUCCAAUGGAGAAAAAGCAAGGAGUUUUCUUAUGGGUGGUGGUACGGUGUCAUUGCGCACUUGGAGUCGUGUGAUGGGAGCGGCGCGAACGAGUGCGGUUGUUGUAGCAAUGAGAUGGUGAUGUUCGAGUUCAGUCAAUAUAGCAUCGGGUCGAGAUGGAGGAAGACGAUGAUAGACAGAAAGAGGCACAAGGAAGCAGGGAAUGAAGGAGAUGGGUACUAUGGAGGAGUGAGAAAGGUGUACAAAGAAGAGGAGAUCAGAAGGUGGAAAUGCCUGUGGCCCAAUCCAUGUGUGGAGUAGAGUCAAUAUUACAUUCCUUGUUCUUAACUCCCUAAAUUUUGAGUUAAGAGCCAAUUCUUGGAGAGUCUUUUGGAGGAUUCAACUAAUGUAAGUACCCAAAUUAGAUUCAUUUCUUAAGCAUACUUCUAUUAUCAACUCGGACGUGAUUAAAUCAGAUACCUAUAUAUUAGAUUUCUUGUAUGGACGACUAUGCUAGAUACCAUGUGAGCUUAGGUGACCCAUAAAUAUGCUACAUAGUUCGACUA